AGGCGUGACUCAUCAGGGACAUCACCGAGCCGUCCUGUUCAGAACAACAACCCGUCCUUUUCUCGUCCUGUUCCCGAUCACUGCUGUACCGUAACACAGAGUCUCCGGCACGAUGAAGGUCCUAGCCGUCCUGUUGGCCUUUGUGGCGUUCACGAGCGCGCUGCACAGAAUCCCACUGACUAAGGUGAAAACCGUGCGUCGUCAGCUGGCAGAUGUUGGCAUCACGUAUGACCAGAUCCUGGACAAGGACUACAAUGGGAAGUACUACAGCAUCAAGGAUGCCCCCGAGCCACUCACCAACUACUUGGAUGCACAGUACUACGGCCCCAUCUCCAUCGGCACCCCUCCCCAGAGUUUCCAGGUCGUGUUUGACACCGGCUCCUCCAACCUGUGGGUACCAUCUAAGAAGUGUAAACUGUCCGACAUAGCCUGCUUGCUGCACAACAAGUAUGACGCCACCAAGUCCAGCACCUACGUGAAGAACGGCACUGACUUUGCCAUUCAAUAUGGGUCUGGCAGCCUGACCGGCUUUCUGAGUGAGGAUACAGUCACUAUCGGAGGUCUGAAGGUUCAGCACCAGACAUUUGCAGAGGCGGUGACCCAGCCUGGUAUAACGUUCGUCGCGGCCAAGUUUGACGGCAUCCUCGGGAUGGGGUACGACACCAUCUCAGUGGACGGCGUGGUGCCACCCUUCUACAACAUGGUCCAGCAGAAACUGGUGGACAAACCAGUCUUCUCUUUCUACCUGAACAGGGAUGCCUCGGGCGCCACUGGUGGUGAGUUGCUGUUGGGUGGGACUGACCCCAAGUACUACAGCGGAGACUUCACCUUCCUGGAUGUCACCAAGCCUGGCUAUUGGCAGUUCAAGAUGGACGGGAUCAUGAUUAACGGGAAGGCGUCAGACUUCUGUAAGGGAGGUUGUGCCGCCAUCGCAGACACCGGCACCUCUCUCAUCGCGGGACCCACUUCUGAGGUCAAGGCUCUCAACGAACAAAUCGGAGCCACCCCCAUCCCUGGUGGAGAGUACAUGGUGGACUGCAGCCAGAUCAAGUCUCUCCCUCCCAUCUCCUUCAUGCUGGGUGGGAAAGCCUUCCAACUGGAGGGGAAGGACUAUGUCCUACAGGUGACAGAGAUGGGGCAGACCGUUUGUGUCAGCGGUUUUCUCGGCAUCGACGUGCCGGCCGGGCCCCUGUGGAUUCUGGGAGACGUGUUCAUAGGGCCGUACUACACGCUGUUUGAUAUGGGCAACAACAGAGUCGGCUUUGCUCACACCACUAAUAACAGUACAGGGGUGUAGCAAUGGAUAGUUAACAUUACUGUAUCCCUCUGUGUGAUACAGCAUCAAUAAUGUCUGUGUUUUACUUGUCUGUACCCAAAUUCAUUUUUGACCUCUUAGAUAGUUCCCUUUUUAGAGUGUGUGUGACAUAUAUGUCUAGUCAAAUUUUGUCAGCUUUGUAUUUGUGCAUUUGAGGGAGCAGAAGGCUAGAAGAGUAGAAAUGUCUUUAAAAGGACGUUUUGGAUACAUACAAACCACCUGACUGGCCAUAUUACUUGAUCUAUACAGAAAAAUGCAGAAAUUAAAUGUUUCUUUCACUCUACAUGUAUCUCUCAACUUUAUGUCAAGGUGAGAAGUUCAGAAUUUACUAGUCAGUUUUUUUAGCCAUGCACAACAGCAAAUGAGCUGUAGAUUAGCAAAGGAGCUGUUUUGUGUGUCAUGUGAAUGUUUGUUGACCUGUCUGUACUGUAGGUGACUCAGAGUGGCCAGACAGUGUGCCUGAGUGGUUUUCUGGGGAUCACUGUUCCAAGUGGCCCCCUGUGGAUCCUGGGAGAUGUGUUCAUCGGGAAGUAUUACACACAGUUUGACAUGGGAGGGAACAAGGUUGGCUUUGCCACAGCCAUGUAGAUGUAUGGUGGUCAUCUGCUGUCAGGUUUAUACUACUGACUGGUAUGGAAGUGUAAUGUAUGCAGUGUUUGUGCUUAAAAAUAAGGAAUUUGAACUGUAGUCAACAUUUUAUUUCUGAAUCUAAAAGGUAUGAACUUCAAAAUGUUCAGAAGUAAACUUUUAUUGACUUUUAUGUCUGUGAUUCUGCACUUUUCACAAAUGUAAUGCUGCUGAAGGGGAAAGUUGAUGGGUUUUGUAUGUACAUGUACCAAGUACAUGGAACUAGUCAAUGUUAGUCAUGAUAAUUGUGCAUAAAAACUAGCCUUUUUAUACUCCACAAAUAUUCAGAAGUCAUAGUUUGCAAUGUUUACUCACUGCUGCAUAUAAAUGGAGAUCUAGUCCUCUUUUUUUACGAGUUAACAUUUUUGCAAUGCCAUCAAUGCAAGCAUGAGAAUAUUCCACUGUUCUCAUAGCAGUAGACACUAGAAGCUUUUAGUAUAGUAUGCUGUGGCAAUAUUUCAUUGUGACUACUAAGUGCAGUACACUGGGAAAUAGCAGUCGAUGCACAGGUCUUUGCACACACUUUAGUUACAGUGUUUUAAACGGUGUAAUUACUCCUAAUUGAAAAGGAACAAGACAAAUGUAAUUGACGAGUACUGACAAUUAAAUCUUGCCACAGGAUACAAAUCUACUUCGUAGAUGCUUAGCACGAAGAAGCACACAAAUAAAGAUGAUUCUGGAAAGUGUAGAAAAUUUUGUGUGAGAGAUGAUGUAAUAAAUACCAUUGAAACAAUUAAAUGUGAUAUCACAAAAUUAAGAUAGCAGGAAUAAUUGUCAUUUUAGCAUGUCAACAUGUCUGAGGUUUUACAGAAUGUGACUUAGUAAGGCUUAAUAAUGUGACUGUCAGGUGUGUAUGAAACAACAGUUUUUAAUCACACUUAAAUCACAUACUUUGCUCUAUGCAUGUAUUCCACUCCAGACUCUUUAGAUCGCUGCAUAUUCAUUUUAUGUAUAACCUUGUGGCUGGUUUUAGAACUUGAAUAAAUCUGUGGUGUUUUGGGAAA